GGAGAGUCAGACCUGAGCGUGCAAGCAGGGAAGCAGAGAACCGCACUGAGCAACAACACCACACGCCCCCCUCCCCGUCAUGUCUGCAACACAUUUCAACAGGGGCCCAGCCUACGGCAUGUCAGCUGAAGUCAAGAGUAAGCUAGCACAGAAAUAUGAUCCCCAGCGGGAACUUGAAUUGCGACAAUGGAUUGAGGAAGCAACAGGGAAGCGCAUUGGAGACAACUUCAUGGAAAGUCUGAAAGAUGGAGUCAUCCUGUGCGAACUUAUCAACAAACUCCAACCUGGAUCUGUAAGGAAAGUGAAUGAGUCCACCCAGAAUUGGCAUCAGCUGGAAAACAUUGGCAACUUUAUUAAGGCUAUCACAAGAUACGGAGUGAAACCCCAUGACAUUUUCGAAGCAAAUGAUCUCUUUGAAAAUACAAACUACACCCAGGUCCAAUCAACCCUGAUCGCUUUAGCUAGCAUGGCAAAGACAAAAGGCAACAGGGUGAAUUUUGGAGUUAAAUAUGCCGAAAAACAACAGCGGAGAUUCCUGCCUGAAAAACUGAAAGAAGGAAGGAACAUCAUUGGAUUGCAGAUGGGCACCAACAAGUUUGCCAGCCAGCAAGGUAUGACAGCAUAUGGCACACGUCGACACCUCUAUGAUCCAAAGUUGGGUACAGACCAACCUCUAGAUCAGGCCACUAUCAGUCUACAGAUGGGAACCAACAAGGGGGCGAGCCAGGCGGGCAUGACAGCUCCUGGAACCAAGAGACAAAUCUUCGAGCCCACCCUUGGCAUGGAGCACUGCGACACCCAGAACAUCUCCCUGCAAAUGGGCAGCAACAAGGGAGCCUCACAGCAAGGCAUGACUGUCUAUGGGCUGCCGCGGCAAGUCUACGACUCCAAGUAUUGUCUCACGCCCACCUAUGCUGCAAUUGGAGAUGAUGAAGACCAAUAUAACCACAGCCAUCAUAACUUCUACAACUCUGAAUAGCCAGGAGGAGCUGUGGGACAGAUAAUAAGAGACACCAGCACUGCAAGGAACUUCCUAAAAGAUCCAUCGUCAUGUGAUUAUUUUAUCCCGGGAAUUUAAGAAGAUUCAGACAGUUCCCUAAAUUGCUAACCAGCUCACUAAAGACUCCUUAAUACAUGCCAGAGCCAGGCGUCCCCCUCACUGAGUGUUAAAGCUUCACCCUGAUCUCUUUCACGCUUUGACUUAGCAACUCCUGUCACUGCUUUUGAGCAUGCACUAAUAUGGCUCAAAACUCUCAGGAUGAAAGAACAAGUAAUAAAACCAGUCGGUUGAGAGAAGUAGAAACGAAAGAAUGAGUCCUCUUAACUUGGCUUCUCAACUGACAAAAAGCCCUGGCAGCUGUCAAUCAUUUCUCUCAGUGCCAGCUGCUGCUAACGUUUUGCAACAAUGCAGAGGCAGGCAAUGAAGAUACCUGUAAAAUUGUUAGGUGCUGCAACAAUUUUGUAUUCAUUAAUUACACAAAUCGCUUCAGGGCAAGCUGUAUUUUCUGAUCGGCUUAGAUAUAAAAUAUCAAGUUCUCCAUAUGCUAACUUCCCAUUGCUUCUGUUUCCUGAAACGCACAAAAUUUGUGCAAGGGCAGUGGCAACCUGAGCCAGCCACUAACUUCUUGGAAAGCAAAAGCUUGUGGUGGAAAAUGUGUAUGGGUGGAGAGUGAUUUGCAGGAGCUGGUCACACCAGCCAAGCAACAUCACUAGACUGGUGACACAUAUAAAUAUGUCUUUAAGAUCAGUAGGUGGCCAAUGUCAAAGUCAUUUGGAAAGGAUGGUGCGAAAAGGGAGGUGCGAAGUUAAACCAAGCACCUCUGCAAUUUCAGGGAGAAACUCUCUGGAAACUGAACAGCCAGUUGCCCCAAGAAUACAAAACUUUCCUGCAAAACAACCCAACGCUUUUUAAUUCUUUGUUUGGUCAUAUAACAAGCAGGUUCCUGCAUAAACCUGAUUGUGUAUUACAUGGAUAGGAAUGUCUUGGCAAUUUACAACUGUUUCUUUGCAUUUGCCUUACUUAUUUUUCAUUAUUCAGCAUGCCAGUACAGUAUCUCUGAUCUUAUUUGUUCCAUUCAUUCCGAUGUACGUAUUUAAUUUGCAGUAAAUAACAGACGUUUGUGUAUUUGCAUGCAAUCUAAAAAUGUAAAGGCAUGGGAAAUUAGGUAGGUUAUACAGCAGUGUUUCUCAACCUUGGCCCACCUGAAGAUGCGUAGACUUCAACUC